AUGUUUGACAGCUCGGCAGUGAAUUGUUACAUAGAAGCAGUUAAGCAGUUGGCUCGUGAGAUUUUAGAUCUGACGGCUGAGGGACUUCGUGUCCCAUCUCACACCUUCAGUAGGUUAAUCAGCUCCGUCGAUAGUGACUCCGUUUUAAGGGUGAAUCAUUAUCCACCGUCGGAUCAAUUCUUUGGUGGAGCCACACUCUCUGAUAAAUCUGUGUCACUGACCAGAGUUGGCUUCGGUGAACACACCGACCCUCAGAUAUUAACAGUUCUUAGAUCUAACGAUGUAGGAGGACUCCAGGUGUCCAAUUCAGAUGGCAUGUGGGUUCCUGUCUCCCCUGACCCUUCAGCUUUCUGCGUCAAUGUAGGAGACUUGUUACAGGUGAUGACGAACGGAAGAUUUAUAAGUUUAAGGCAUAGAGCAUUGACCUCCGGAGAAGAAAGCCGGCUCUCAACGACGUACUUUGCCGGACCACCGCUUCAAGCGAUGAUUGGACCUCUUCCGGCGUUGGUUACUAUGAUGAAUCAACCACGGUUGUACCAAACGUUUACUUGGGGAGAGUACAAGAAACUCGCGUAUUCGCUUCGACUUGAAGAUAGCCGUUUAGACAUGUUUCGUACAUGUAAGGACUAGAACUAAGUUUGAUUAAAAUGCUAUUUUAAGUGGUAUCUAUUUAGUGUUCCGUCUAAGUAUGUUACCUAGAAAAAGUUUUGGCUAAAAGUAGUCAUGUUAGAUCUGUAUAACUAGAAUCUAGAACUAGGAGUUGAAAGUUUUGUAAUAUGUGUAAUCAUUUCCCUUUUGAUUUAUUAUGGAGACUAGUAUUAGCCCCGUGCUAUGCACGGGUA